GACCUCGUUGCCUUCAACGCCGCGCUCCACGCUUGCGGCCGCGCGGGGCAGCCGGCGGCAGCCGCGGAGCUGCUGCAGGCCAUUCGCGCGGCGCGCCUCGCCCCCGACGCGGUCUCCUUCGGCGCCGCCAUCGCGGCGGCGGAGAAGGCGGGCGGCUGGCAGCUGGCGCUGGGGCUGCUGGGAGGGAUGGCCGCCGCGGCGGUCAGGGUGGACGUCGUCGCCACCAGCGCGGCCGUCAGCGCCUGCAAGAAGGGGGCCCGCUGGCAGCAGGCGCUGGCGCUGCUCGCAGGCUGCCGCGCGUCGCGGCUGCAGCCCGACGCGAUCGUGCUGAGCGCCGCCGCCAGCGCGUGUGAGAAGGCCGGCAGGUGGCGGGCCUGCCUGGCGCUGCUCUGCGCCGCGGAGCGCGAGGGCCCCUUCCCGAACGCGGUCACCUACGACGUCGUGCUCCUGGCACUGAGCAGGGCCGCGGCCUGGCAGGACGGCCUGGCGCUGCUGGCGCGCCGCGCCCGCCAUGGCUGGCGCCCCGAGCGCAACACCCUCACGGCCACCGUGCGGCUGUUGUCCGCGCAGACCGUGCCGCCCAGCGCCGCGGGCUGGGGCCUGUGCCUCCUCGGCGGCGGGGGCUCGCUGGGCCGCGGCGAGCUGGAGGAGGCAGCCCGCCGCCUGGACGCCGCCCG